UCCACGGAAUAUAUUCCGUCAACUUCCCGAAACUUCUAUGUGUGGUGUGCAUUUCAUAUAAAUUCUUCGGGUUGAGGCUACGUAUGACAUUAAUGUGUCAUCUGCACAGUGGAGUAGAUGAAAAAAAUAAUCGAAAUGAAGAUAUUCAUUGUUCUCUGCGGUCUUCUACCAUCAUUUCAGGGAGCUGUUUCUUUAAAAUGGAAGAACAAUACUUAUAUCGAUCAUCUACUCAAGAGUUCUGAAGUCCGAGAAGUUAUCCAUAAUGUGUCUUCAUUCAUAACUCAAGUGAAUCGUCACGCUAGCCAGAUGGCUAUGGAAUUCCACCUGAACGUUACCGAUUUAGGGUUAAAUUAUGGAUCUGGCAUAUCUGACGAUUUCAACGAAUCGUUUGAACGUAAAGUUGCAGAAUUGGCGGUCAGUCCGGUAAUGACGGAGCAUUGUCAGAAUUAUUUUGAGAAUCUCCUCAAGGACCAUAAGGCAUAUCAGGCUCGACUGUCGGAGAAUAUUACUAAGGCUACAUACCAUUGGAAUUUAGGCCUCUACAACCUUUAUUACAAGUUCACUAUCGCCAGGCAAUUGAUAGGAACAUUAGAGAGGAAAGUUAGCGAUUGUCAUAGCGUUCGGCUUACAAAGAACGAAAUAAAUUCCUACAGGUGUCUGAUAGGCAUCGCACAGGAGGCGGAGAUGCUUAAAAACCAAAUUGUUGAAAGCAUUUACAAACAUAUGACAAGUCUGACAGAGGUGAAAGACAGCUCCCUGAUAAGCUUGCACCAAUCCAUCAACGGCAGCCUCAUUCCACCUGUCUUCGACGAAGCUGCGAUGGAUAAAUGGUUGGCGUUGCACUGCCCGGAAGGAUCAUAAAACACCAGUUCGUCAUGCAUCAUCAAGUGGCAUCAAGUAUGCGAUGAUAGCCAUAUUGAAUGAAUUCUGUAUGGAAUUGAAUAAUAAACGUGGAUAAACAUGAAAACAUGA